AUGGUCCCUCAACGUUUCAACCCUUCACAAGCUCCCUUCCUAUGCCGUCCUCGGCUCUUACGGCUGCCGCGACCUCCUCAACCUUCCUUGAAACCCCCAUUAUCCCUGACCACACGUACCACCUCAACAAUCGACGCCACCCUCCUUUCCGCACCCUCUAUAUAUCCCGCACCUUCCUCAGACCCAUACGACCACGACAUUCAUGCUGUCAUCAUCAGCAUCAUCCAAAUCGCCGCACCUCUCCCGACCGAGUGGCCUACCAUCCCCGACGACGUCGUCGAUCCUAUCAACAAUGCACAGAAUGUCGCAGUGUCAAGGCCCACCAACAUAGACCAUUCUUCCUCAUCGCCGGCAUCGUCCUCGCUGCCGCCUUCAGCGGGUGGUGUGGACCCCGCUAAACCCGAGCCUGACGUGCCGCCCAUGAGAUCAACCGAUGCCUCGCACUUAUCACCUCAUGGUCAAACGUCCUCUCCAACCUCUCCCAAUCGGAGUUUAUCUACAAGUCCAGAUGCGAACCUUGCGUCAGUAUCGACGUCGUCCACUAUUCAAACCUCUUCUCCCUCGUCGUCGAGGACCCUCGUAGACGACCGCCCACGGAGUACCAGUACUGGAGCGAAUCGGGCGGAGGUCAAUACACGGACGCGGCUGAUAGCUGCCCUAUUCGUCCUUUGGCUGUUGGUCCCAUAG